AUGACCAAAGUUCCAGUCGGUGAUCAGCCUCCAGAUAUUGAAAUGCAAAUUCGAAAAAUGAUUGUGGAAUUUGUCGAGAAGGACAACUGUCUGAUCUUGGCUGUCACCCCGGCUAAUACCGAUCUCGCGAAUUCCGAUGCACUAAAACUUGCUAAGGAAUACGACCCGGAAGGUCUGAGAACCAUUGGUGUAUUGACGAAGUUGGAUCUGAUGGACGAAGGAACUGAUGCAAAAGAGGUUCUGGAGAACCGACUGCUUCCGCUCCGUCGAGGUCAGUCAAAAUUCUUGUUCACCCACAUCAGUUACACCGUGCGAUAA